CCACAUGCAGAACGACGCCGGCGAGUUCGUGGACCUGUACAUGCCGCGGAAAUGCUCUGCAAGCAACCGCAUCAUUGGUGCCAAGGACCAUGCGUCCAUCCAGAUGAAUGUGGCCGAGGUUGACAGGGUUACAGGCCGGUUUAAUGGCCAGUUUAAAACCUAUGCUAUCUUAGGGGCCAUUUGCAGGAUGGGUGACUGAGAUGAUUCCACUCUCCGUCAGGCUAAAGCUGAUGGAAUUGUCUCCAAGAACUUUUGA